CAAUCCGCCAAAAAAACUCGAGAGAAGAAGAAGAAGGGACAGUUAUUAACGUGCAUGCUGAUGACUGCAGGCUGUUUGGUUCGCGAGCACGACAAUUAAUAAAUCUCUGUUUACAUCCUAACGUUGUCUAAGUAGUGUAUAUUUGGAACAGCUGGUCACAGUAAAGAGCGACGCACACGUCAGCACAUUUGAAGAUGUCUGUAACGGAGAUGUUUAGCUAUAUCCAAGGAUUUUUGAGUGCCGAUCAAGAUAUUCGAGAGGAUAUAAGAAAAGUUGUCCAAGUUCUGGAGCAGACAGCGAGAGAGAUCCUCACUGUUCUUCAAAGUGUUCAUCAACCAAGUGGUUUCAAAGACAUUCCCAGCAAGUGUCUAAAGGCCAGAGAGCUGUUCUGCACUGUAAGAAACCACACUGGAGAGCUGAAAACUAAGUUCCCAGUUGAACAGUACUAUCGGUAUCAUGAACACUGGAGAUUUGUUCUUCAACGACUUGCCUUCCUUGCGGCUUUUGUGGUAUACCUGGAAAGCGAGUCCUUGGUUACACGCGAGGAAGUGGCAAAAAUACUUGCCAUUGAAGUCGACAGAGAAAUAGGGUUUCAUUUGGAUGUGGAAGACUAUCUAGCAGGAGUUCUUUGA